CACGCGGCGCAACGGCGUAUCAGAGCGCCACGGAGCUGCACUGGCCUGCAGGCGCCCGAAACCGAGCGACGAGCGGCUUGUGUCGAAGGAUUUUUAGACGGCAGACUGAAGUUGGCUUUACGGAGUCGCAAAGGAAUCGGUUCCUUUGAGCAAGUCCUUUUCAAUGAAUCGAUCCAACCGAUUCGCGCGUUUUUAAAAUUCAGCUUGAUUCAACAUUACUUGCGUUGUUUACAUUAUAAAAACAGAUUAAUCAGGGUAAAUAAAGUUCACAUUCUCAGCACUGUAAAUCGAACAGCAUCGCAUAUGAAAAGUCUUUCUUUAAAAAAAAUCUCAUUAUAAAAGCAAUAAUUCAUAACAAUUACAACCACACACGUCACCGGUACACUAAACGGGUAAACAAACAGCAGCAAAAUGAUCGAUAGUCACGCAAAGUUUAACACAAUAACGCGAAUCCAGACACCGGCGAACUCAGUAUGAGAGGGUCAGAAUAGCGCCGACGGUGUGAAUCACUGAAUCGGUUUAAACGAGCAUUGCAUUGGUUGAAACGGACGGCCCAAAGGAAUCGGUUCGGCUAACCGAAUCGAACUUGCCACAGGGCUGAAAAAAGCGCCUCUGAUGCUACGUCACGGCCAGCCGCGCGCUUGUAAACAAAAUCCUCCCACGUGACGGCGGAGCAGCGCGAGCCCGCAUUGUCCGUUAGAGCCGAGCAGCACAAAGAGGCCCGAGCUGGGAAAUAAAUAAAUAAAUAAAUAAAUAAAUAAAAACAAACAAACAAGAAGAGAAAUUUAGAAACGACCGACGGCCGCAGAUGAACCGCCCGCUGUCGGCACCGCCGGGGCGAAGACGGAGCGAGGGAAGGAAAGAUGAACGAGAGAGGAGAGUUUAAUCAUCCGGGAGGCGGCGCGGAGUCGGAGAGUGGUGUUUAUCUCACCCGUCGGCUCUGUUUAGUUUAACCGAACCGACAUUCGACACAAAACACGGUUCGGUUUCAGCCUCCGAGGCUCGAGUGGAGGCGGAGGCGGAGGAGAGGCGAGGCGGUCGAGCCGCGCUGUCUUGUUCGGGCAGUUUGUUGUUGUUGGGGCUGCUGAAAGGUGUCGGUUAGCAUUAGCUUCGAAGAGGAGCCGCGGACACGCACGGAGAGCCGCGUUUAUCCGUGACAUGUCAUUCGCGAUGGAGGAUUCUCUGGAGUCCGGUUGGGUUUCGGUUCGGCCGAACGUGUUCGACGAGAAGGAGAAGCACAAGUUCGUCUUCAUCGUGGCCUGGAACGACGUGGAGGGCAAGUUCGCCAUAACGUGCCACGACCGGACAGUGCAGAAGCGCACCGCCCUCCGGGACUCGCUCGCUGAGGCUGCCGAGGAAGGCGAGUCGGCUCCGGGGGCCGCGGACGAUGCGAGCCGGCGGAGCCCGCUCAAAGAGAGGAGGCCUGCGAAAAGCCCAGUGAAGGAGAAAGCUGAGGCGGCGAAUGCGGACAAGAGCAGGCCCGCCAGGAGUCCCACUAAAGCGGCUGGGGCCGGGACUGGAGACGCCGUCUCCGGGGACGCGGAGGUGGUGGAGCCGAUCAGCGGCGGUGGUUCUCCUGCGGUGGCGGCGGACGACGCGGAGGACUCGGACGCGGGCCUGCGGGAGGACUUCAGCUGGGCCGGCCUGUUCUCCUUCCAGGACGUGCGGGCCGCUCACCUGCAGCUGUGCGCCGUCAACUCGGACCUGGAACCGUGCCUGCCCGCCUUCCCCGAGGAGCCCUCGGCCGUGUGGUCCGUGAUCUUCGGCCCCCCUCAGCUCACACAGAGGGAGAUGGAGGCUCUUUGCUACCAGCUGCAGGUCUACCUGGGCCACGCGCUGGACACGUGCGGCUGGAAGAUCCUCUCGCAGGUGUUGUUCGCCGACAGCGACGACUCAGAGGAGUACUAUGAGAGUCUGAGCGAGCUGAGGCAGAAAGGCUAUGAGGACGCGCUGCAGAGAGCCAAGAAGAGACUGCAAGAGCUGUUGGAGAAGCAGCGUGGGAUGGAGAGCAUGGUGGAGUUGCUGCAGCUGUAUUCAGAGCAGGACGAGGCAUAUGGGGAUCUGGUGGAGGCCACCACCGAGCUGUACCACUACCUGCUGCAGCCUUUCAGAGACAUGAGGGAGCUCGCCAUGCUGCGCAGACAACAAAUAAAGAUUUCGCUGGAGACAGAGUACCUGGGCCCGCGGCGAGUCGAGGCGCUGAGGAGGGAGGAUGAGGACUGGCAGAGGAAGGCCCACACGGCUGUGCUCUCUAUCCAGGACCUUACCGUGAAGUACUUUGAGACCACAGCACGAGCACAGAAAGUGAUGUAUGAGCGCAUGCGUGCAGAUCAGAGGAAGUUUGGUAAAGCUGCGUGGGGAGCCGCAGUGGAACGCAUGGAGAAAUUGCAGUAUGCUGUUUCCAAGGAAACGCUGCAACUAAUGCGCGCUAAGGAGAUCUGUCUGGAACAGAGGAAACAUGGACUGAGAGAGGAGAUGCAGGGUCUGCAGGGUGGAGAGGAUGCAAUGGCACGUUUGGACCAGUUGGAGGCGCUGUACUACGAGCUGCAGCUGCAGCUAUAUGAGAUCCAGUUUGAGAUCCUGAAGUAUGAGGAGCUGUUGCUGACUGCACAGCUGCAGAGCCUGCGCAGACAGAUGACCGAGAGGCAGGACGAGGUGGUUUACUAUGACACAUACGAGAGUCCUGAUGCCAUGCAGGCCACUGAUGACCCCUCACUCAUCCUCCCACCUCUUAGAGACGAGAUCACCCAGCUGCAGCAGAGAACACGGCAGCUGGAGGCUAGGAGGGGCCGCAUCACCGCCAAAAAAGCCUACCUCAAAAACAAAAAGGAGAUCUGCAUCGUCAAUCACACGCAGAAACUGCAGCAACGGCAGAGCAGCCAGGGCUUCGACUCCCCACAAGCUUUGCGGCAGGAUGAAGAGGAAGAGGAGGAAGUGAGGAUUUCCCGCGUCAGCCAAGAGAGACAGAAAACACUUGACAGACUGCGCAGCUUUAAACAGCGCUACCCGGGCCAAGUCACCCUGAAGUCCACGCGACUUCGGCUAGCGUAUGCUAGGAAGAAAAAUGGUUCUGCCCAACCACCUACCACUGUGAAAGUGGACCAGCCUCAGACGCAGGUGGCCAGCGUGCAGACAGAAGACGCCCCAGCUCCUCUAGAACAUUCCAUAACCGUCCCUGAACUCCAGAGGCCUGAGGGCUUCUUGUCUUUGCCGCCAGCGGUCGCGCCCGUCCCGGAGACCUUGGGACCGUGCUCCCUACCCCCAACUCGAGAGCUGACCUUGCUAGACUCUUCCACUUCUCCCAUCUCUCCCCCUCCUCCUCCUCCACCCCCACCUCCCCCACCACCUCCUCCAUCACUGGAGGACACAUCCACAGAGGGCCAGGGGCAGGCAGGAAGCCCAGUGCACCAACCCAAAGCAGAGAGUCCUCUUGGCCCUUUCUCUGCCCGCUUCUUUGACAGUAGCCAGUUGGUGAACGCCCGGAAAAAACUGAGGAAGACUGCAUCGCUGGAGUCGUCCCAGUGGAGGAGAGCGAGCUCUCCCAUGGACGAGGUUCUGGCUAGCCUGAAGCGAGGGAGCUUCCACCUGCGUAAGGCUGAGCUGCGUGUCCUCGCGCCCGAUCCAGAUGAAGAUGACGGGAACAACAUCCUGGCUCAGAUUAGGAAGGGUGUGAAGCUGAGGAAAGUGCGGCGACAGGAGCACAGAGGAGCGAAGGGAAUGCUGUCAGACUCCAGCGACCCACUGACUCGGAGCAUCCACGAAGCCCUGCGUCGCAUCAAAGAAGCGUCCCCUGAAUCCGAGUCAGAGGACGAGGGGCUGCCCUGCACAGACUGGGAGAGCUAGGUCACUCUUUCAUGAACGUCUGCACACAGGAUAUGUAUCCAUGUAUAACCGCACCAAGCACACAUGUAAGAUAACCAGUUCACCGAUUAUGAAACCCUGCAUAGUGUAAAUCUUGACUUGCAUUUUCAUUACAGCGAAGCGAGACCACUUUGUUUCCUGUCACAGAGUCAUGAAAUUUAUCCUCACGUCUUAUUGCCAUAGGAAUACUUGCAGCUGAUGAUUGAUUUAAUUGUUUUUUGAAAGAAUGUUAAAUUGUAUUCAAGUCUAAAGUGGCCAAACUGGCUGAUUAGCUGUGCGUACUUGAUAGCGCCCAACCUAUGACCGAAACAGAACCGCUCAAAUAAACAAACAUUAAUCAGUUCUGCCCUCUAAAGUGUUACCAAACAUCAAGUGAACAAACAUUACUGACCGUCGCCCUCUAGAGGCGUUACCAAACAUCAAAUAUAGAAACAUUACUCGCUGUCGCCCUCUAGAGGCGUUACCAAACAUCAAAUAUAGAAACAUUACUCGCUGUCGCCCUCUAGAGGCGUUACCAAACAUCAAAUAUAGAAACAUUACUCGCUGUCGCCCUCUAGAGGCGUUACCAAGCAUCAAAUAUAGAAACAUUACUCACUGUCGCCCUCUAGAGGUGUUACCAAGCAUCAAAUAUAGAAACAUUACUCGCUGUCGCCCUCUAGAGGCGUUAGCAAACAUCAAAUAUAGAAACAUUACUCGCUGUCGCCCUCUAGAGGUGUUAACAAACAUCAAAUAAAGAAACAUUACUCGCCGUCGCCCUCUAGAGGCGUUACCAAACAUCAAAUAUAGAAACAUUACUCGCUGUCGCCCUCUAGAGGUGUUAGCAAACAUCAAAUAUAGAAACAAUACUCUCCAUCGCCCUCUAGGUGUGUUAACAAACAUCAAGUAAACAAACAUUACUCACCGUCGCCCUCUAAAGGCGUUUCAGCCUUUCUCAACUUUAUUCAAAUGGUAAGUCAGCUCCGGUGGGCAGCAGCCAAUCAGCUUGUUCAGAUGUGCCACGGUGUGUUAUGCCACAUCCACAUUCAAGCUAAAUGCUGAAAUCACAUUUUUGAAAUGGAUAUUUGGCCUUUUCUCAUCUGUAUCUCUGCUUGGCCAGAUCAGCUUUACCUGCAUGUUAGUGACAGUGAGGCCAACAGGGGGCACACUAAGCACUUUACUUUGCUGUAAUGUAAAUGCAGUGUUAUUCAAAGGACCUAGUAAUCAUUUCGCACGAAUCCACUCACUGUUUCAGCUUAUGAAGGGCAUUUGUUUUGUGAAGGAAAUAUUCAAUACAUUGUUUUGAAGCUGUUUACGUAGAAUAUCAGGUGUGUUUUUACCUCAACGUGAAGCUCCAGAUGUGUUAAGAGUUCUUUACAAAACACCCAGAGUUGCUCAGAACGCCGACCACACAGCCGCUGGGCCUCGAGAUUCAACAGAAUUCCUUCAUGUGUACUGCUCUCGCAUUCGCCCUCGCUGGCUCAGAGUUCAUGAUUUAAUAUCAGUCCUGCCACUGGUUAUGAAAUGUUUUUGUUUUCAUUUUUCAUAAACGUCAUUCCAGCUUUUGUGGUGUUUGGAGAUGUUCUUUCCCUCAUUCACUUAACAGAUGACCGAUCCCAAACUGAUAAAAGUUUCAGUAACACUUUUUUUUAAACGUUUCAAAUUCAGCACAACAGUCAGCUGUUUUGGCCUUGAACGGUGUGCGACUGAUCAAAGCCUUUAUGGAUGCUUUUUGUAAGGUCGGUAACAGACAGAUGAUAUAAUGCCUCAUGAUUAAAAUUCCUGACAUCCGUGGUAACCCGUGCUUCAGAACCCGCAGCUUCUCUGAAACCUGUGUUUAAGGGUUUUUUCUCCGUUCCGUUUUGGACGUUGCUGCGUUCCCCAUCUGCGCUCCCUUUUUCUAGUUGUGAUGUAGAUUUAAGGGAAGAUACUACAGCUGUCAAUAGAGGGCUUUUGUUUUCUGUGUUAUUUACUGACCUUUUCUCCAGCAUGUAGCUCACUGGUUUUGGUUUGAGAAAAAGGGCCAAGUGCCCUUUAUUUCAUUUGUAGUGAUGCACUGGUGCCACCUACAGUCAACGUCUUUUAAUUACACCAUUCACGAGUGCCGCAUUUUCAUUUAGUUUUUAGUUUUUGACAUUUUUUAAGCUUAAUUUGUAACUGUUUCUUGACUUAUCUGGGUUAUAUAUAUGUAGUCUUUUCAUUUAGUUUGAUGUGUUUUUUUUUUCUUCUCCAGCCUUUUUACAGUUUUAUCUAAUCUGUUUGAUGUGUAUUUGUAAACUUUCACCAAGUUUUUGUCUGAUUUCUUUAAUGUAAGUUUAUCUACAGCCUGUAAACUAUCCGGCACAACACAUUCAGAGCGAGUUUUCUGACAGGUUUACAGCUGGUCCUCUUCUGAUCUGACGUUUGGACCAGUAAUAGUCCAUCUAAGUUCUAUCGUUUAGCCUCUGGGAGAGCUGACGCAAAAUCCCACAGCUGUUGAUUUAAUCAAUACAUGACUUCCACUGGUUACUCUUAUGUAAGGACAAGCCUCUGUAGACCUUUUGGUUUGCGUUAAAGGGGAAUUCCACCAAUUAAAAAUAAUCGGCAUAAUUCAGUGGUUGAGAUGUAAGCGAAGUCAUUCAGAGUGGUUUAAGGUGGUGUGAAGUGGAUCAUCGUAGAGACUCCGAUUUCUUUACAGUGGUGGUGAUGGGAACCAGGAGCCACAAAGUCUACAGCACAUUUUAUUUAAUAUCUAAGCCUACACAUCUGAGUUUUGGUCUUGGUAGAAUCAGAAAAAAUAAGUUCUGUUUAGUACUAUUCAGGCAGGUUCAGUCUUCCAUGGGAAGGUGGGGUAACAUCAGUUUACCACAGAAUGUCUGCAGUGUUUAUAACCGAUUCGCACAGGCUAAGAACUCUUGGUAUAAACCACAGAGGUGGGACUGGCCGCUCGAUUCACAGUAGAAAAUAUUCAGACAUUUAAUUUCUCUGUUAUUUCUUUCACCUCAUCCAGUGCUGCAGAAGCUGAGGUGGAAAGGUGUUACCUUGGGAAAUCAUUCAUCUAUUAGUUUUUCUUCUGGAGUUCUACAAGGUUCUAUUUUGGGGCCACUGCAUUUCUCACUGAACCCCACCCCAAUCAUGUUUUAACAUUCAGUGCUUAUACACUUGAGCCAAGACAGUACGUAUUGGCUUGAUUUUAGCCACAGAGAACAUAAAUAAACACUUAUUCAGUUCCUCCUUUCCACAGAUACAUAGUAGCGUUUCACUGAUAUGUCAGUUAAUAAACCUUUGGUUUUUCUGUGAUAUGAACGUGAGCCGUCCUUCAGCAGUGACUGCCGGUAUUCAGACAGGACCAAAAUCACUGAGAAACGACUAAGUGUCGCAUUACCCCACCUCCCCCUGUUCCUCUCCACCUGAGAGUUCCUCUCCACCUGACCAGAUUUCAAAACAAAUACAUUUUAGGCCAAAAUCAUCUGAAAACGAUCAAAGAGCAGUGUCUCAGGCAUCAGGCAGUGCAUUCAUAACCAUUUCAUGUUGUAACUUUCUUUGAGGGAGCUUCGAGUGGAAUUGUCUUCAGACGUCUGGUUCCUAUCACCACCACUGUGAUGAAUUCGGUCUUUAUAUUUACAUUUACAGCGUUUAGCAGACGCUCUCAUCUCUUAUCCAGAGCGACUUCCAAGAAGUGCUUUUUCUAUCUAGACCACUCCGACUUUUCAUUCUGGCCAUCUAAAAAUCGGUGGAAUUAGCCUUUACAGUGCACUUGAAUAUUAGAGGUCAAUAUGAAACACUUCGCUCUCUGUUUGACUUCAUGUUGUGAAGUUCCAUCCGCGCCUCUUCAGCUGUUCAAUGCAAGUUGACUGCGAUUUUGUCCAGCGGCGUCUUGUGGUGCUCCCAUUAUUUUGUUGAUGUGAAAUGUGGUACAACUCACUUCAGAUGCCUCAUACUGUAUGUCACUAGCGAUUGGCUAGCUACCACACUGUUCCACGCUGACCUUGCACAGUUCUUUGUCCAUUUAACCGUCAACCGAGCGCUCGGAGAGGGUAGUAUUAAGUUCUGCUUUACAACUAGGAUCACGACACACAGCUUCGUGUGUAAUUUAGUUUACCCACAUGUGUAACAUCUGUACUGUCUGCUGUUGAAGGAAUAUUCCUCGAAGGGUCGAUCCGAGGUCAGCCGAUGCCUUUCAGCCCAUUCUAGGUAAGAGUAAUAUUGAUCUGAAGGCUGACCUUGGAUCACCUCACCAGGGGGCUGUGUAUUCUUUUAGAUGACGUUGUAGCUGGGGGGAGUGAGGGGGGUCACCCAUCACUCUCUGGGCUGCACUUUUAUUUAAAACAAGUUUCCAUCAUUUGUACUGUAUUUAGCAUUUUUUUAUGAUUUAAUAAUAAUAAUAAUAAUAAUGAUACAUUUUCCACUUCUUUUAAUCAUGUUAUUCAUAGUAUACAUUCUAUGCAUUGCUAUUUUGUGUCUUUCUAAUUUGCGCCUCCCCCAUUAUUUCUUCUCCACUUGUAUUGCAAGCAACACUACAGUUCCAACCUGCCACCCUCAACCUUUAGGAACUAAAACAUGUAAUUAUGUAUAUGUGACUGGCACGGAUUCAGAACUAGCCAGUCACUAGAAACGUGCAAUAUUAUAAUAGAAACUGAAAAAUUCAUAUUUUUCAUGUGUAUUAUAAUGUAAUAAUGUAAUGAAACGGAGGAAACCUGACAUUAGUUGCAUGAUUGAUUAAAGUACAUGUAUUUAUUGAGUAAAACUUAAUAUUUAAAAAAUGUAUAGCUAUACCAUAAAGGUAAAAUGAUUAUUUUUUUCUUUUUUUUCCUUUUUGCAUUUACUCUGCUUUUCCAGCCAUUGUAUUCCUAAUAAUUGUUUGGUAAUUUUAAAGUGCAUUUUCCCCUUUAAAUAAAUAAAAGACAAGUA